ACUCAGCACAUGAUGAUUCACACUGGUGAAAAGCCGUUUUCAUGUGUGAAUUGUGGAAAAAUGUUUAGUCAAAAACAGCAUUUAACUCAGCACAUGAUGAUUCACACUGGUGAAAAGCCGUUUUCAUGUGUGACCUGUGGAAACGUUUUUUGUCAUAAACAGCAGUUAACUCAGCACAUGAUGAUUCACACUGGUGAAAAGCCGUUUUCAUGUGUGAACUGUGGAAAAGGUUUUAGUCACAAACAGCAUUUAACUCUGCACAUGAUGAUUCACACUGGUGAAAAGCCGUUUUCAUGUGUGAACUGUGGAAAAAGUUUUAGUCGAAAACUUAGUUUAACUGAGCACAUGAUGAUUCACACUGGUGAAAAGCCGUUUUCAUGUGUGACCUGUGGAAAAGGUUUUUGUCAAAAACAGGUUUUAACUCAGCACAUGAUGAUUCACACUGGUGAAAAGCCAUUUUCAUGUGUGAAUUGUGGAAAAAGUUUUUGUCAAAAACGGCAUUUAACUCAGCACAUGAUGACUCACACAGGUGAAAAGCCGUUUUCAUGUGUGAAUUGUGGAAAAGGUUUUAGUCGAAAACAGCAUUUUACUCGGCACAUGAUGAUUCACACUGGUGAAAAGCCAUUUUCAUGUGUGAAUUGUGGAAAAGGUUUUAGUCAAAAACAGCAUUUAACUCAGCACAUGAUGAUUCACACUGGUGAAAAGCCGUUUUCAUGUGUGAAAUGUGGAAAACGUUUUAGUAUUAAACAGGAUUUAACUCGGCACAUGAUGAGUCACACAGGUGAAAAGCCGUUUUCAUGUGUGAACUGUGGAAAACGUUUUAGUCAAAAACCUAGUUUAACUCAGCACAUGAUGAUUCACACUGGUGAAAAGCCGUUU